AUGGAAGCCAAAGUUUCUAAUCAAAUAUUUUCUUAUGAUUUUUGCUCAUUCAUAAGCACACUCUCAUCUUCAUGGAUGGCUCUUUUUUCACUCUUUAUGCUUUUUUCCAUUUACCUUGUUGGAUUUGGUUUUUUAAUAUCUUCCAUUUACACAUCUUUGGUAGUAAUUUUUUCAACUUUUCUCUAUGUUGUUUCAAAGCAAAAAAGAGUAAAUGUUGAUAAAUUAGUUGAAGAAAAGUUUCUUAUUAGUUCUGAUGAUGAUGACGACAACGACAAAAGUUUUUCAGAUCAUUGUGAAAGUUUUGCAUCAACUGAUCCAUUGCACAAAGUUGAAACAUCACAAGAUUUGUUAUCAAGUGAAAGCCAAGAAGAUUAUUUGUUAAGUUCUGAAGGAUCUGAAGUGGAUCAGAGUUAUGAUUAUUCAGAUGGAUCAAUUUCUGAUGAAGAAAGUCUCAUUGAAAUUGCACUUCCAAGUGGACACUAUGUUGAUAUGCAGAAAGAUAAGUCAAAGUAUUUCAAUGAACAAAUUCUUAUGGAGUUGUUAUCAGAAUUCAAUGAAGUGAUUGAGGAAGAAAACUUAAUAGAGAUUGAUAUAUCCAUGGGUUCCAUCAAGUACUCAAGGUUUGAAAUUAAAGCAUGA